CGUCACAGAGUGUUACGCUUCCAGUGGAAGGCAGCGCAGUGGUGAGCUAUACACACGAACCACGCACUCAAUUAGCCCCGAAAUUCCCGAGUUCAGUCGUCAAUGUGGCGGGCUUUGGCGCAAACGGCAUUGAGAGCAGCAGAUAGGUCACCAGCAGCUGGACUACUCCCCCCCAAGUUCGCCCCUCUAACGCUGACGCAGCAGUUGCAAUUGCGACAUUCCAGCAAGGCCAGUGAAGCGAGACCCCAGCAGCCACCUUACAAAGUCGCCAGCAUGAGCGUGGAGAAGCCAAAGGUUGUCUUCGUUUUGGGCGGUCCGGGCGCCGGAAAGGGCACCCAGUGCUCCAAGAUCGUGGACCGCUUCCAGUUCACCCAUCUCUCGGCGGGCGAUCUGCUGCGCGAGGAGCGCUCCCGCGAGGGCUCCGAGUUCGGCAACCUGAUCGAGGACUACAUCCGCAAUGGCAAGAUUGUGCCCGUGGAGGUCACGUGCUCGCUGCUGGAGAACGCCAUGAAGGCGUCGGGCAAGUCCAGGUUCCUCAUCGACGGCUUCCCCAGGAACCAGGACAAUCUGGACGGCUGGAAUCGCCAGAUGUCCGAGAAGGUGGACAUGCAGUUCGUGCUCUUCUUCGACUGCAGCGAGGAUGUGUGCGUCCAGCGGUGUCUGGGACGCGGCCAGAGUGGCUCCGGGCGCACGGACGACAACAUGGAGAGCCUCAAGAAGCGCAUCUCCACCUACAACAACGACUCGCUGCCCAUCAUCAAGUUCUUCGAGGGCGCCGGCCAGGUCAAAAGGGUCGACGCCAGUCCGGAUGCGGAGGCGGUGUUCGGCGAGGUGGAGAGGCUGUUCCUGGCCAGCGGCUUCUAGAUGCCGUGCUCCUAUUCCGCUUCUCUGAGUGUAGUGUGCUAUCUUUCCCCUUCAUUUGUACUCCUCCAAAUAUAUACGCUUGUUAAUAGUAAUGGAAAAGACACUUUUUCUCCGCCCGCGAUAAGGUAAAAGAUACAUAGAAAAAGUAUACUUAAUUAGGGAAAGAGGUACACAUCUUCGUCGGUAUCUGGUUGAAAGGAUUCGGAAGCCCAAUGGAAUUGUAAUGUUUAAGAAAUGGAGUUUGUGGAAAAUAAUUUUUAGUUGGAUCAUUUGGAAAGCAAUAAACAGUAUCAAUGAAAAAUCA